CUCAUCUCUAGCAGAAAUGGUCGCGAUUUUUGCAAAUUUUUAAUUUACUGUGAUAACAAUGAUUAAUACGGCUAAAUACUUUGCGCUUUUGGAGAAUUUAAAGUUCAAUAAGGCUCUAGCAAAUAAGGCAAAUAACUCCGAAACUCCAGAUGCAUUGGCCAGCAACCUGCUUAUAUUACAAAAAUAUGCCAAUCUUGAGGUGGAUCAGCAAUUGCAAGAAUUAUGCGUGGAAUAUAAGUUAACAGCCGAGCAGAAAUCCACUAUAGAUCCAGGGAUAGAACCCACUAUAUCCUAUAUAGUGAGACUGCAACAUGUGCUUUAUUCGAUCACCAAGAAUAUUAAUUUUCAUAGCGACGCAAAGGAGGACCUUAUAUCAGUGGCACACCUCAAACUUUGCAUCCAGGCUACCCAGGAAUUGUCUUACUACUCACUUCGAUGUCAGCUUCACGAGGAUUUCUACAAGUCGCCUAUAUUUCAUGAGGUUCAAGGCAAAUUCAAAGCAAAUCCUUCCCUGCUUCUCCUCAGCAUUCAACUCUUUGUAAAUCUACUACCCAUUCGGCAGUUUCACAUUGCAAACUCCAUGGAGCUAGUGCAAAGGGAUCUCCUGGCGGCCAUUCUGAGUCUACGUGUUCAGGAGGAUUCUGAGCAUCUGGAUAAGGCCAUUUCCUACCUCUGGCAACAGGAAUCCAAGGCAGAUUUCUUUCGCCACAUAUUGCUCUUGAAAGCAACUCCCCUCUGCACUUCUUUGGCCAAAUUGUUGCACAAUCAACUCCUGGGAAAACUAAACUCACCCCAAGGAUUUGGAAGCUUUGUGGAUGCGCUGCAACAAACUCCCAAUGUUAGUCCUACGAGAAAUGCGGAAAUAGUUGCUAGCAUUGUGGCUCGAAAAGGAUUCACUCAACUGGCCCAACAGAAGAUGAUUCUCCAAGUGCUGGAGUAUUGUAAAUUCUACCUCCAAGAUGCGGACAAAAUGUGUGCCGGCAUCCUUUCUUUAAGAAGGCUCUACGAUUUAAAUGAAACAAAUCAGAAUCAGAUCAGGGAAAUUUUAUCAAACGACUGGAAAACCCUUACAAACCCAGAAGAUGUCAUUAGUGGCCUCAUCUUAAUGGAUCACCAGGAACUCUGCAAUUGCAUUCUCCUGUGGCAGCAACUAUUCUGCUCCUCCAGCGUGGCUUGCUUACCCAGUAAUUUACUAAUUCCUUACCUUCCACUGCUGCUUCAACUCUACGACAGUUUACCUCUGGAACUACCAGCAACGGCGCAACUUUCUGGAAUCAUCUCACGUUGUUUGGAUAACAGAGAUCGGGAAAAGGAGUUGCCUGAAAUUCUCAAAAGGUUGUUUGCGUGGGAAAUUGAAGAGGAACCUCCUUGGAAGUGUCUUCAUCCAAGAACUCUUAUCCUGCCCUCUGCAAACUUCAAUCAAGUUCAGGCUAAAGUGGCUCACAAGGAACACCAAGCAGAUCAUGAUAUGGGCAGGAUAUUGCCUGGACUGCUUGUAUCAGGCUCUCAUCAUUCCCUUACCUGCAAUGUUUUCCUGGCCCUUUUGGGUCUUAUGAGCAACCAGUUAAAGGAGAAGAAGCCUUUAGCCAGUGUAGAUUUCAUUUCCUCAGAAACUGAACUCAAGGACUUUCUGCACUCCAAGUAUCAAAUAAAGCUGGAUUUACUUAUUGCACUUAACCAAAUGGUGGCCCACCAACCAUUGAGAGCUCAGCUAGCCCUGCACACCAAGGAGUUUUUGCUUAUAUUAAAGGAUUUAUUACUGAACCGAUCUGCAAACCAAGAGACGACGGACCAUAUGUUACUUCUCGUUCUAAAUCUUUUGCAGGAACUUCUUGAGGGCAGUGAGGAUAUUCGGCUCUCAGAAAGCAGUUCAGAACUGAAGGAGCAACUGCAGCAGUUGGGUGGCCAGUCCUCCAAUCCUCUCAUCCAGCAAUCUGUACAAUCGCUGCUUACAUUAAUCAAAGGGGCUUGGCGACCAAGUGAAGCUGUAAAAAUACAACCCUUUCAAAAAGCUCGCUCCCUGAUAGAAGAGAAGCAGUCCCACCUGCAGGUUUAUGGCAUUCAGAUGAUAAUGGACUUGGUAAAGAAAAGGGAUCCCGCAACCAUGGCGCAGGGCCAUCUUAUAAUAGCUUUGGCUUUGACCACUCUUAAGGAUAAGGAAUCCUACACCUUCCUUAAUUGUGUUAGGCUCUUUGUGUCGUUGGUUCAUGUGAUGGAGUCCGAAGUGCUGGACAAGCUGAGUGACGAAUACCUUUCGGAUACAGCUGAGUUAGACUACCGAUUGGUUGUUGGUGAAGCUAUCCUGAAAGUGUCACAGGAGUUAGGUCCUCUUUGCUAUCGAUACAAGGCUGUACUUCUUAAUUGCUUCAUGCAUGGAUCCCGCUCUCCGGUUCCCGAAUUACGGAUGUCAGCGUUCGCCAAUCUCGCCCAGCUUUGUCGUCUCUUGGCCUAUCAGGUUCAAAACUUCUUCCAGGAGCUACUUCAACUGGUAAACAACGAAUUAUCUACGGGAGGCUAUGUGCCUUCUAAGCGAGCAGCAGUCUUGGUUUUAGCUGAACUGUUAAAUGGCAUGGACAAUCUGCUGGACUACCAGGAAAUGCUUCUUCCCAUUUAUCGGCUUUUGAGGGCCAUCGAAGCGGAGGAGUCCUGUGACCCUCAAAUGCGUCUGCAUGCAGCAAAUGGUUUGAAAAUAUUGAACGAAAAGUGCCGAAAAAUGAUUCAAUCUAGCUUGGAGGAGAACUCUUUACAAAAACAGAUCAAGGUGCUGGGCAUCAAGGACAAGGUUUCGCCUCAAAGGAAGAACCGACACAUCCUCGAACUAAAUUAAAAGUUAGCUUUAAAAAUAGUCAAAACUUCUUUAAUUGUUAGUUUUAAUACAAAAUAUAUAUAAAAGCAAAAUGCAAAAUAUACAGAUCAGUAGUUUACUGAUACCCUAUAAA